AUGCAUAGCUCCCCUGCUCGACCUUGAGGCCCGCCCCACUAAACCCUUUUUUUCCUCUGGGUAUCGCAAUAUUAGGGAAAGGGCUUCCCCAAGACUGAUCGACACACAACCUCCUAGACAGCUGUACGCCUGAGUAACUUUCAAGACCGAGCGGAAGAAAUCGGCAAUUAUAACCCGUCACCACAACCACGCCAACAUGUUUCCCGUCAAAGGCUGGAGCAUGGCGGCGGAAGCGCCGAUGGUCGAGAAGAAAACGGGACCCGGCGGCAGUGCCCCGCAACAGGCCAGAAAGCGGAAGAGGCCAGGCCAGUCGCAGCCUCCUGUGACGACAGCUAACCUUGCCGAUCUAUGGGAGAAGGUAAUCGAACACAAAGGCAGGGUGCGAUCUAAAAAGGGGAAGAAAGGCGGCCGGAAGACCGAGACCGACGAACAUGUUGCCGUCCCCGAUGAGGGGCCGCAGCCUGGAGCCGAAGAGCCUAUUGAAGAUGGCCAGUUGCCAAGGCAACAAGGGCAAGCAGAUGCCGAACAGGAGAAGAACAAGAAGAACAAAAACAAGAACAAGAACAAGAACAAGGAGCCUUCUGCUGAAGUCCCCGUUGAAGAGGAGAAGCCAGCCGACGCCGACGGGCAACAGCAGUCGGACAAUGAGGAGUGGGGCGGCAUCGAGGAUUCUGACGAUGCUGUUCCCGAGGUGGUCGAACCAGUUGAGGAGAAAAAUGACAGGAAAAGUAAGAAGCAGAAGACCGACGAUACACGGUCUAAGGCGCAAGAAACCAAAUCAGAGAGCGGUGCCACAGUAAGCAAAGACAGCAAAAAGCCCUCCAAGGAUGAAAAAAAUGAAGGGAAGCCUACUACAACACCAGCACCGGCACUAGUUCCUGUCGCCGAGCCGAAGCUCACUCCGCUUCAGGCGUCAAUGCGGCAGAAGCUGGUCUCGGCGCGGUUCCGCCACCUGAACGAGACGCUGUACACACGGCCGUCGGUUGACGCCUUCCAGCUCUUCCAAGAAUCGCCCGAGAUGUUCUCUGAGUACCACGAAGGGUUUCGGCGGCAGGUCGAAGUCUGGCCCGAGAACCCAGUUGACAGCUACAUCCGGGAUGUCAAGGCGCGGGCCAAAGUGGCGCGGUCCGCAGGAGGGAAGCACGACUUUGCAAACCCGGCCUCGAACGCCCAGGUGCUACCUCUGCCUCGUACCGGCGGCAAGUGCACCAUCGCAGACCUGGGGUGCGGUGAUGCGGCACUGGCCCGCGCGCUUGAGCCCGUCAAGCAAAAGCUGCACCUCGAGGUUCUUAGCUAUGACUUGCAGACUGGCGGCUCUCCCCUUGUGACACCCGCCGACAUCGCUAACUUGCCGCUGCGCGACCGCACCGUUGACGUGGCCGUCUUCUGCUUGGCCCUCAUGGGCACCAACUGGCUCGACUUUAUCGACGAAGCCUACCGCAUCCUGCGCUGGAAGGGCGAGCUAUGGGUCGCCGAGAUCAAGAGUCGGUUCGCGGCACCUAACAACAGAAAAGGCCCCGGUGGUCCCGGUAAGGUAGUCGCGCACAGCGUCGGGAACCGCAAGAAGGCCCCAGCGGGCCCACUCCCGCCUUCUCUCACCUUCUCUGCCCCAGGCAGCAAAAAGACGGCUAAAGGCCGCGACGAAGCCGCCGAAGCCGCCCAGGCCGCCGAGCUGGAGGUAGCCGUCGACGGCGCCGAGAAGCAGCGCCAAGAAACGGACAUUGCGGCAUUUGUUGAAGCCCUCCGUAAACGCGGCUUCGCCCUGCACAAGGAGCUGGGCGACGGCGCCGCCGACCUAAGCAACAGGAUGUUUGUCAAGAUGCUAUUUGUAAAGGCCAUGCCGGCCAUCAGGGGCAAGUACGCCGUCGCUGAGGAAGAGAAGGUCAACGACGUGAACGUCAACGGCAUCGACGUCAACCGCAUCAAGCUAGGCCGCAAGGGGCCGCCCAAGAAGCAAAAGUUCAUUGAUGAGGAGGAUGAUGGCGGUAAACAUGAGGUGUCCAUCCUGAAGCCCUGUGUCUACAAGCUGCGCUGAGAGUGGAUUUCACUGCCUUCCAUCACAUACCUAGGUAUAUAUAAUACAUAGUUGUACAUACCUACCGGCUCGUCGUAUUAUAUACUAUGCUACCCCCAAGGAAGUACUCGGGGUUAUUAA